AUGGCCCCCUUCCUGAACCUGUUCCUGCUCCCCUUGCUGCUCCUUUUCCGGCACUCUUUCCUGCUCCCUUUCUCCUCGCCCCUCCCUCUCCCUUUCAUCGUUCCUUUCCCAUCCCUCACUCACUUCUCUUCCCAGCUCCCCUCCUCCUCUCUCCUUCGCGUCUUCCCUCUCCUUCUCCCCGCUCUCUACCUCUUCCGUCCUCUCCUCCCCACCGCCCCCCCCCUUCCCCUCGUCAUGCACCUCCCGCUCGCCCCUCUCCUUCUUCGCCCCACACCCCCCAUCCAUACACGCAACACCACGCGACUCUUGAGUCGGCCCAGAAGUCUCCUCCUUUGCGCCACACUCCCCAUCCGCCAACGCCACACCUGCCACACACUCUCUUGCUUCACCUGCCACACAGGCUCUCACUUCACCUCCGCCUGGACCUCCCUCUCCCGCCCUCUCCCUCCCUUCCAAUGCUCCGUCUGCCAUCCCCCCAUCUCCUCGCCUCUCCCCCUCCUCUCCCCUCCUCCAUCACCAGCCCUUGCUCCGCCGCCUCCUCCCUCUCUGCUUCCCCCUCUCGCACCUCUCCCUCCUCUUCCCCCUCUUCCCCUUCUGACCCCCCUCUCCCGCCUCCUACUUCGUUUCCCAGAGAGCAUCUCUGCCGCUGCCCAUGCCCCCUCUCCGCUCUCCCCCUCUCCGCUCUCCCCCUCUCCGCUCUCCCCCUCUCCGCUCUCCCCCUCUCCGCUCUCCCCCUCUCCGCUCGCCCCCUCUCCGCUCUCCCCCUCUCCGCUCUCCCCCUCUCCGCUCUCCCCCUCUCCGCUCUCCCCCUCUCCGCUCUCCCCCUCUCCGCUCUCCCCCUCUCCGCUCUCCCCCUCUCCGCUCUCCCCCUCUCCGCUCUCCCCCUCUCCGCUCUCCCCCUCUCCGCUCUCCCCCUCUCCGCUCUCCCCCUCUCCGCUCUCCCCUCUCCGCUCUCCCCCUCUCCGCUCUCCCCCUCUCCGCUCUCCCCCUCUCCGCUCUCCCCCUCUCCGCUCUCCCCCUCUCCGCUCGCCCCUCUCCGCUCGCCCCCUCUCCGCUCGCCCCCUCUCCGCUCGCCCCCUCUCCGCUCGCCCCCUCUCCGCUCGCCCCCUCUCCGCUCGCCCCCUCUCCGCUCGCCCCCUCUCCGCUCGCCCCCUCUCCGCUCGCCCCCUCUCCGCUCGCCCCCUCUCCGCUCGCCCCCUCUCCGCUCGCCCCCUCUCCGCUCUCCCCCUCUCCGCUCGCCCCCUCUCCGCUCGCCCCCUCUCCGCUCGCCCCCUCUCCGCUCGCCCCCUCUCCGCUCGCCCCCUCUCCGCUCGCCCCCUCUCCGCUCGCCCCCUCUCCGCUCGCCCCCUCUCCGCUCGCCCCCUCUCCGCUCUCCCCCUCUCCGCUCGCCCCCUCUCCGCUCUCCCCCUCUCCGCUCGCCCCCUCUCCGCUCGCCCCCUCUCCGCUCUCCCCCUCUCCGCUCGCCCCCUCUCCGCUCGCCCCCUCUCCGCUCGCCCCCUCUCCGCUCGCCCCCUCUCCGCUCGCCCCCUCUCCGCUCGCCCCCUCUCCGCUCUCCCCCUCUCCGCUCUCCCCCUCUCCGCUCUCCCCCUCUCCGCUCUCCCCCUCUCCGCUCUCCCCCUCUUCUCUUCCUCCCUCUCCGCUCUCCCCCUCUCCGCUCUCCCCCUCUCCGCUCUCCCCCUCUCCGCUCGCCCCCUCUCCGCUCGCCCCCUCUCCGCUCGCCCCCUCUCCGCUCGCCCCCUCUCCGCUCGCCCCCUCUCCGCUCGCCCCUCUCCGCUCGCCCCCUCUCCGCUCGCCCCCUCUCCGCUCGCCCCCUCUCCGCUCGCCCCCUCUCCGCUCGCCCCCUCUCCGCUCGCCCCCUCUCCGCUCGCCCCCUCUCCGCUCGCCCCCUCUCCGCUCGCCCCCUCUCCGCUCGCCCCCUCUCCGCUCGCCCCCUCUCCGCUCGCCCCCUCUCCGCUCGCCCCCUCUCCGCUCGCCCCCUCUCCGCUCUCCCCCUCUCCGCUCGCCCCCUCUCCGCUCGCCCCCCUCUCCGCUCGCCCCCUCUCCGCUCGCCCCCUCUCCGCUCGCCCCCUCUCCGCUCUCCCCCUCUCCGCUCGCCCCCUCUCCGCUCUCCCCCCUCUCCGCUCGCCCCCUCUCCGCUCGCCCCCUCUCCGCUCUCCCCCUCUCCGCUCGCCCCUCUCCUCCGCUCGCCCCCUCUCCGCUCGCCCCCUCUCCGCUCGCCCCCUCUCCGCUCGCCCCUCUCCGCUCGCCCCCUCUCCGCUCUCCCCCUCUCCGCUCUCCCCCUCUCCGCUCUCCCCCUCUCCGCUCUCCCCCCUCUCCGCUCUCCCCCUCUUCUCUUCCUCCCUCUCCGCUCUCCCCCUCUCCGCUCUCCCCCUCUCCGCUCGCCCCCUCUCCGCUCGCCCCCUCUCCGCUCGCCCCCUCUCCGCUCGCCCCCUCUCCGCUCUCCCCCUCUCCGCUCGCCCCCUCUCCGCUCGCCCCCUCUCCGCUCGCCCCCUCUCCGCUCGCCCCCUCUCCGCUCGCCCCUCUCCGCUCUCCCCCUCUCCGCUCGCCCCCUCUCCGCUCUCCCCCUCUCCGCUCGCCCCCUCUCCGCUCGCCCCCUCUCCGCUCUCCCCCUCUCCGCUCGCCCCCUCUCCGCUCGCCCCCUCUCCGCUCGCCCCCUCUCCGCUCGCCCCCUCUCCGCUCGCCCCCUCUCCGCUCGCCCCCUCUCCGCUCUCCCCCUCUCCGCUCUCCCCCUCUCCGCUCUCCCCCUCUCCGCUCUCCCCCUCUCCGCUCUCCCCUCUCGCUCUCCUCCCUCUCCGCUCUCCCCCUCUCCGCUCUCCCCCUCUCCGCUCGCCCCCUCUCCGCUCGCCCCCUCUCCGCUCGCCCCCUCUCCGCUCGCCCCCUCUCCGCUCGCCCCCUCUCCGCUCGCCCCCUCCUCCGCUCGCCCCCUCUCCGCUCGCCCCCUCUCCGCUCGCCCCCUCUCCGCUCGCCCCUCUCCGCUCGCCCCCUCUCCGCUCGCCCCCUCUCCGCUCGCCCCCUCUCCGCUCGCCCCCUCUCCGCUCGCCCCCUCUCCGCUCGCCCCCUCUCCGCUCUCCCCCUCUCCGCUCGCCCCCUCUCCGCUCGCCCCCUCUCCGCUCGCCCCUCUCCGCUCGCCCCUCUCCGCUCUCCCCCUCUCCGCUCGCCCCUCUCCGCUCGCCCCCUCUCCGCUCGCCCCCUCUCCGCUCGCCCCCUCUCCGCUCGCCCCCUCUCCGCUCGCCCCCUCUCCGCUCUCCCCCUCUCCGCUCUCCCCCUCUCCGCUCUCCCCUCUCCGCUCUCCCCUCUUCGCUCUCCCCCUCUCCGCUCUCCCCCUCUCCGCUCUCCCCUCUUCCUCUCUCCCCUCUCCGCUCGCCCCCUCUCCGCUCUCCCCCUCUCCGCUCUCCCCCUCUCCGCUCGCCCCCUCUCCGCUCGCCCCCUCUCCGCUCGCCCCCUCUCCGCUCUCCCCCUCUCCGCUCGCCCCCUCUCCGCUCGCCCCCUCUCCGCUCGCCCCCUCUCCGCUCGCCCCCUCUCCGCUCGCCCCCUCUCCGCUCUCCCCCCUCUCCGCUCGCCCCCUCUCCGCUCUCCCCCUCUCCGCGCGCCCCCUCUCCGGCUCGCCCCCUCUCCGCUCUCCCCUCUCCGCUCGCCCCCUCUCCGCUCGCCCCCUCUCCGCUCGCCCCCUCUCCGCUCGCCCCCUCUCCGCUCGCCCCCACUCUCCGCUCGCACCCCCUCUCCGCUCGCCCCCUCUCCGCUCGCCCCCUCUCCGCUCUCCCCCUCUCCGCUCGCCCCCUCUCCGCUCGCCCCCUCUCCGCUCGCCCCCUCUCCGCUCUCCCCCUCUCCGCUCAGCCCCUCUCCGCUCGCCCCCUCUCCGCUCGCCCCCCUCUCCGCUCUCCCCCUCUCCGCUCGCCCCCUCUCCGCUCUCCCCCUCGUCCGCUCUCCCCCUCUCCGCUCUCCCCCUCUCCGCUCCUCCCCCUCUCCGCUCGCCCCCUCUCCGCUCUCCCCCUCAUCCCGCUCUCCCCCUCUUCCGCUCGCCCCUCUCCGCUCGCCCCCUCUCCGCUCCUCUCCGCUCUCCCCCUCUCCGCUCUCCCCCUCUCCGCUCUCCCCCUCUCCGCUCUCCCCUCUCCGCUCUCCCCCUCUCCGCUCUCCCCCUCUCCGCUCUCCCCCUCUCCGCUCUCCCCCUCUCCGCUCUCCCCCUCUCCGCUCUCCCCCUCUCCGCUCUCCCCCUCUCCGCUCUCCCCCUCUCCGCUCUCCCCCUCUCCGCUCUCCCCCUCUCCGCUCUCCCCCUCUCCGCUCUCCCCCUCUCCGCUCUCCCCCUCUCCGCUCUCCCCCUCUCCGCUCUCCCCUCUCCGCUCUCCCCCUCUCCGCUCUCCCCCUCUCCGCUCUCCCCCUCUCCGCUCUCCCCCUCUCCGCUCUCCCCCUCUCCGCUCUCCCCCUCUCCGCUCUCCCCCCUCUCCGCUCUCCCCUCUCCGCUCUCCCCCUCUCCGCUCUCCCCCUCUCCGCUCUCCCCCUCUCCGCUCGCCCCCCCUCUCCGCUCGCCCCCUCUCCGCUCGCCCCCUCUCCGCUCGCCCCCUCUCCGCUCGCCCCCUCUCCGCUCGCCCCCUCUCCGCUCGCCCCCUCUCCGCUCGCCCCCUCUCCGCUCGCCCCCUCUCCGCUCGCCCCUCUCCGCUCGCCCCCUCUCCGCUCGCCCCCUCUCCGCUCUCCCCUCUCCGCUCGCCCCCUCUCCGCUCGCCCCCCUCUCCGCUCUCCCCCUCUCCGCUCGCCCCCUCUCCGCUCGCCCCCUCUCCGCUCUCCCCCUCUCCGCUCGCCCCCUCUCCGCUCUCCCCCUCUCCGCUCGCCCCCUCUCCGCUCGCCCCCUCUCCGCUCUCCCCCUCUCCGCUCUCCCCCUCUCCGCUCGCCCCCUCUCCGCUCUCCCCCUCUCCGCUCUCCCCCUCUCCGCUCUCCCCCUCUCCGCUCUCCCCCUCUCCGCUCUCCCCCUCUCCGCUCUCCCCCUCUCCGCUCUCCCCUCUCCGCUCUCCCCUCUCCGCUCGCCCCCUCUCCGCUCUCCCCCUCUCCGCUCUCCCCCUCUCCGCUCGCCCCCUCUCCGCUCUCCCCCUCUCCGCUCUCCCCCUCUCCGCUCUCCCCCUCUCCGCUCUCCCCCCUCUCCGCUCUCCCCCUCUCUCCGCUCUCCCCCUCUCCGCUCUCCCCUCUCUCCGCUCUCCCCUCUCCGCUCUCCCCCUCUCCGCUCUCCCCCUCUCCGCUCUCCCCCUCUCCGCUCUCCCCCUCUCCGCUCUCCCCCUCUCCGCUCUCCCCUCUCCGCUCUCCCCCUCUCCGCUCUCCCCCUCUCCGCUCUCCCCCUCUCCGCUCUCCCCCUCUCCGCUCUCCCCCUCUCCGCUCUCCCCCUCUCCGCUCUCCCCCUCUCCGCUCUCCCCCUCUCCGCUCUCCCCCUCUCCGCUCUCCCCUCUCCGCUCUCCCCCUCUCCGCUCUCUCCCCCCUCUCCGCCUCCCUCCGCUCUCCCCUCUCCGCUCUCCCCUCUCCGCUCUCCCCCUCUCCGCUCUCCCCCUCUCCGCUCUCCCCCUCUCCGCUCUCCCCUCUCCGCUCUCCCCCUCUCCGCUCUCCCCCUCCUCCGCUCUCCCCCUCUCCGCUCUCCCCCUCUCCGCUCUCCCCCUCUCCGCUCUCCCCCUCUCCGCUCUCCCCCUCUCCGCUCUCCCCCUCUCCGCUCUCCCCCUCUCCGCUCUCCCCCUCUCGCUCGCCCCUCUCCGCUCUCCCCCUCUCCGCUCGCACCCUCUCCGCUCUACCCCCCGUCUCCCGCUCGUCCCCCCUCUCCGCUCUCCCCCUCCUCCGCUCUCCCCCUCUCCAGCUCUCCCCCUCUCCGCUCUCCCCCUCUCACGCUCUCCCCCUCUCCGCUCUCCCCCUCUCCGCUCUCCCCCUCUCCGCUCUCCCCCCUCUCCGCUCUCCCCUCUCCGCUCUCCCCCUCUCCGCUCUCCCCUCUCCGCUCGCCCCUCUCCGCUCUCCCCCUCUCCGCUCCCCCUCUCCGCUCUCCCCUCUCCGCUCUCCCCUCUCCGCUCUCCCCCUCUCCGCUCUCCCCCUCUCCGUCCCCUCUCCGCUCUCCCCCUCUCCCGCUCUCCCCCUCUCCGCUCUCCCCCUCUCCGCUCGCCCCCUCUCCGCUCUCCCCCUCUCCGCUCUCCCCCUCUCCGCUCGCCCCCUCGUCCGCUCUCCCCCUCUCCGCUCGCCCCCUCUCCGCUCUCCCCCUCUCCGCUCGCCCCUCUCCGCUCUCCCCCUCUCCGCUCGCCCCCUCUCCGCUCUCCCUCUCCGCUCUCCCCUCUCCGCUCGCCCCCUCUCCGCUCGCCCCCUCUCCGCUCUCCCCUCUCCGCUCUCCCCCUCUCCGCUCUCCCCCUCUCCGCUCUCCCCCUCUCCGCUCUCCCCCUCUCCGCUCGCCCCCUCUCCGCUCUCCCCCUCUCCGCUCUCCCCCUCUCCGCUCGCCCCCUCUCCGCUCUCCCCCUCUCCGCUCUCCCCCUCUCCGCUCUCCCCCUCUCCGCUCUCCCCCUCUCCGCUCUCCCCCUCUCCGCUCUCCCCUCUCCGCUCUCCCCCUCUCCGCUCUCCCCCUCUCCGCUCUCCCCUCUCUCCUCUCCCCUCUCCGCUCUCCCCCUCUCCGCUCUCCCCCUCUCCGCUCUCCCCCUCUCCGCUCUCCCCCUCUCCGCUCUCCCCCUCUCCGCUCUCCCCCUCUCCGCUCUCCCCCUCUCCGCUCUCCCCCUCUCCGCUCUCGCCCCCUCUCCGCUCUCCCCCUCUCCGCUCUCCCCCUCUCCGCUCUCCCCCUCUCCGCUCUCCCCCUCUCCGCUCUCCCCCUCUCCGCUCUCCCCCUCUCCGCUCUCCCCCUCUCCGCUCUCCCCCUCUCCGCUCUCCCCCUCUCCGCUCUCCCCCUCUCCGCUCUCCCCCUCUCCGCUCUCCCCCCUCUCCGCUCUCCCCCUCUCCGCUCUCCCCCCUCUCCGCUCUCCCCCUCUCCGCUCUCCCCCUCUCCGCUCUCCCCCUCUCCGCUCUCCCCCUCUCCGCUCUCCCCCCUCUCCGCUCUCCCCCCUCUCCGCUCUCCCCCUCUCCGCUCUCCCCCUCUCCGCUCUCCCCCUCUCCGCUCUCCCCCUCUCCGCUCUCCCCCUCUCCGCUCUCCCCCUCUCCGCUCUCCCCCUCUCCGCUCUCCCCCUCUCCGCUCUCUCCCCUCUCCGCUCUCGCCUCUCCCCUCUCCGCUCUCCCCUCUCCGCUCUCCCCCUCUCCGCUCUCCCCUCUCCCGCUCUCCCCCUCUCCGCUUCUCCCCCUCGCUCCCGCUCUCCCCUCUCCGCUCUCCCCCUCUCCGCUCUCACCCUCUCAUCCGCUCUCCCCCUCUCCGCUCUCCCCCUAAUCCGCUCUCCCCCUCUCCGGCUCUCCCCCUCUCCGCUCUCCCCCUCUCCGCUCAUCCCCCUCUCCGCUCUCCCCCUCUCCGCUCUCCCCCUCUGUCACCGCUCGCCCCCUCUCCGCUCUCCCCUCCCCGCUCUCCCCCUCUCCGCUCUCCCCCUCUCCGCUCUCCCCCUCUCCGCGCUCCCCUCUCCGCUCUCACCCCCUCUCCGCUCUCCCCCUCUCCGCUCUCCCCCCUUGCCUCAGCUCUCCCCCCUCUCCGCUCUCCCCCUCUCCGCUCUCCCCCUCUCCGCCUCUCCCCCUCUCCGCUCUCCUCUCCGCUCCUCUCCGCUCCUCCCCUCUCCCCCCUCUCCGCUCUCCCCCUCUCCGCUCUCCCCCCUCUCUCCGCUCUCCCCCUCUCCGCUCUCCCCCUCUCCGCUCUCCCCUCUCCGCUCUCCCCCUCUCCGCUCUCCCCCUCUCCGCUCUCCCCCUCUCCGCUCUCCCCCUCUCCGCUCUCCCCCUCUCCGCUCUCCCCCUCUCCGCUCUCCCCCUCUCCGCUCUCCCCCUCUCCGCUCUCCCCCUCUCCGCUCUCCCCCUCUCCGCUCUCCCCCCUCUCCGCUCUCCCCCCUCUCCGCUCUCCCCCUCUCCGCUCUCCCCCUCUCCGCUCUCCCCCUCUCCGCUCUCCCCCUCUCCGCUCUCCCCCUCUCCGCUCUCCCCCUCUCCGCUCUCCCCCUCUCCGCUCUCCCCCCUCUCCGCUCUCCCCCUCUCCGCUCUCCCCCUCUCCGCUCUCCCCCUCUCCGCUCUCCCCCUCUCCGCUCUCCCCCUCUUCUCUUCCUCCCUCCCCUCCUCCUCCCUCUGCUCCCCACUCUCUUCCCUCCCACCUUCCCCCACUUCCUCUCGACCACGUUUGUCCCCAUCCCCCUUCUCCUCCCUCUCCCCCCCACCCGCCGACACACCAUCUGCCCCACCCUCGUUCCGCUCAAUAAUGCCCCCAUCCCCCUGCUCGCCCUCCCCAUCCUCCCCCUCCGCUUCUCCCUCCCCCUCGCCCUCCCCCUCCCCUUCCCCCUCCCCCACAACCUCCUCCCCAGCCAUCCACUCCUCUCCUUCCUCCUCCCCCUCUCCCCCAUACUCUUCCCACCCCUCCGCCUCUUCCCCCGACGCCCCAGGGGCCACGAAGAGCCCCCCGCCCCUCCCCCUCCCCUCCUGUUACCUCCGCCCCCUCUUCCUCCCCCGCUCCCUCCCCCGCCCCUCCGCCUGCCCCCGCCAUCCCCAUCACCACUCCCCUCGUCCUCCUCCCCCUCUCCCCCCUCACCUCCCCCUUUAGAAACACUCCCGUUAGAAGCAUCCGCCUUUCUAUCGCCCUGCGCGCUCCCCUGCCUGCGCGCGCCAGCGUCCCCCUCCGCCUGUCGCCCCCGCGGCUGCUGCAGCAGUGCGCCAGCCACCGCUGCGCCAGCAGGCGCGGGUUGCCCCGCCUCAGGACUCGCUGUGGCGAGCGCAACAGCACGCCAGGCGCAACAGCAGCGCCAGGCGCAGCAGCAACGCCGGCAGUAG